AUGGGCAGCUUUGUGUUUGGAUACUGCAACAACUCCAUCGCCGGAAGUCUGGUGCAGACGUCGUUCGUGGAGAAGUUCCUCAGCGACGGCAAUGCCGAUUCCGUUGUGGGAGGCAUCAUGGGCGCCUUCCUCGGUGGUGGCCUAAUAGGAGCGGUGAUCCAAGCCCCAAUCUCGAAUCGAUACGGCCGGCGCGUGGCCACCGGAUCUGCCGCGCUCCUCACCGUCCUGUCCGGGGCGCUUCAAGCCGGCAGCGUGCACGUGGCCAUGUUCAUCGUGGCGCGCUUCAUCUGCGGGCUGGGGGCCGGGAUUGUGCUUACCAACUGCCCGGUGUACAUGAGCGAGAUCGCGCCGCCGCACAUCCGCGGCAUGCUGGUGGGCAACCACGCCAUCUCGAUCGUGUACGCGUACAUCUUCUCGUCGCUGAUGGCGCUGGCCUUCCACUUUGUCGACCACCCCUACCAGUGGCGGCUGCAGUUUGUGCUGCUCGCCUUCUUCGGUCUGGUGCUGCUGGCCUCGCUGGCCAUCCUGCCCGAGUCGCCGCGCUGGCUGUGUGAGGUCGGCCGACACGACGAGGCCUGGCAGGUGCUCCAGCAGCUGCAUCAGAGCAAGGACGAGGACGACCCGGACCACGCGUCCCACCGCGCCGCCGCCGGCGAGAUGGCCCAGAUCAAGGCCCAGAUCGAGGCCGAGCGCUCCCUGCCCACCGGGUACCUGCACAUCGUGCGCACGCCGCACCUGCGCCACCGCGCCGCCUGCUCGAUCCUGACCUGGGUGCUGGGCCAGUCUACCGGGAUCCUGGUCAUCGCCAACUUGACCCCGACCUUAUUCGGCCAGCUGGGCUACACCAUCACCCUGCAGCUCGGCUUGUCGGUUGUGUGGACCGUGUGUGCCGUGCUGGGGUGUUUUGUGAAUGCGGCCUUGAUGGAUCGAUUUGGCCGAGUCAAGCUUUUGGUCAUCGGAGGCUACCUCUGCAGCGCGACCCUCAUCUUCGAGUCCGUCCUGCAAAAGUUCUACCUCAACAGCACCAACACAUCCGGCAUCAACGCCGCCGUGGCCUUCUACUUUCUCUUCAUCUUCGUCUACGGCAGCACCGUCGACUGCGUCGGCUACGUCUACCUCUCGGAGAUCUGGCCCACCCACCUGCGCAGCGAGGGCACCACCAUCGGCAUCGUCUCCUUCUUCAGCUGCGCCAUCGCCUACACCAGCCCGGCCUCGACCGCCUUUGCUACUAUUGGUUGGAAAUACUACUGGGUCAUGAUCUCCGUGUGUAUAGUGGCGUCUACGGUGGCGAUUUUUGUGUGUCCUGAGACCGCCAAACUCACCCUCGAAGAAAUCAACGCCAAGUUCGGCGACGACGUCGCCUUGCAGUUUCCCGAUGCGGAUGCAGAUGCCCAGCUGGAGUUGGCAUUGGGGUCCAAGUCGGAGAAGUCGGCCACUCCCAAUCCCAAUCCUGAACAGGUGGAGGAUCGAGUUGAAGAUGUGGCUGUGGGAGAGAAGUAG